GAGUGAAUCCGCUGCUCCGGUGGCUUCCUGAGAGGUAAAGGAUGCUUGAAGCUGGACACGGGGGAUGCCAGGAUGUCCGCCCUCCGUGAAGGCUGGGUGUGGGUGUCGGGGUUCCGCCAUGAGGCUGGCCUCCACAUUCAUCUUUUAGUUUUGAAAGCCUCAGAAUACCUUGGACCACUUCUUUGGAAAACUUUUCUCCCAGCAACAAGUCAUUCACUGCGAUCCUCCUCGGCCACGUUUGAGUUUUCCAAGUCUAAACAGGACUGCCUUUGAUUUUCCCAUGAAGCUGCAUCACUGCCUGUCCAUCUUACUGGUGGUCACUCUUGUGCCAGCUGCUCUGGGUUUGGAAGAUGUGGCUCCACUGGGAGCGAAUCAAAGUUCUUACAAUGCAUCAUUUCUCCCAAGCUUUGAACUCUCAGCAGGUUCCUACUCAGGUGAUGAUGUCAUUAUAGUCAAAGAGGGAACAAAUGUUUCAUUGGAGUGUCUUCUCACGGUGGAUCAGUAUGGAGAAGUCCACUGGUACAACUCAAAAGGACAGCAGCUGCACAGCAGAGGUGGAAAAUGGUUGGUUUCUGAUAACUUCCUAAAUAUCACCAGCGUAGCCUUUGAUGACCGUGGGCUCUAUACAUGUAUCAUCACUUCUCCAGCUCGUGCCUCCUACUCCGUCACCCUCCGUGUGAUCUUCACCUCUGGAGACAUGAGUGUCUACUAUAUGGUUGUCUGCCUGAUCGCCUUCACAAUCACACUCAUCCUGAACGUCACUCGGCUGUGCCUGAUGAGCACCCACCUCCGCAAGACUGAGAAGGCCAUCAAUGAGUUCUUCAGGACCGAGGGGGCUGAGAAACUCCAGAAGGCCUUUGAGAUUGCCAAGCGCAUCCCCAUCAUCACCUCAGCCAAAACCCUCGAGCUGGCCAAGGUCACACAGUUUAAGACCAUGGAGUUUGCCCGAUAUAUUGAGGAACUGGCCAGAAGUGUCCCUCUCCCGCCCCUUAUUCUGAACUGCCGGGCCUUUGUUGAGGAAAUGUUUGAAGCUGUCCGAGUGGAUGACCCUGAUGACAUGGGAGAGAGAAUUAAAGAGAGACCUGCUUUGGACGCUCAAAGUGGCAUCUAUGUGAUUAACCCAGAGCUAGGCCGAAGCAACUCUCCUGGUGGAGAUUCAGAUGAUGGUUCUCUAAGCGAGCAAGGGCAGGAGAUAGCAGUACAGGUGUCUGUCCACCUUCAGUCAGAGACCAAAAGCAUUGGGACAGAUUCUCAAGACAGUAGUCAUUUCAGCCCACCCAGUGACCCUGCAUCUGCAGAGGGCAGCAUUCACCACAGAGUGAGCAUAUGACAACUGACAGCUUGCCCAGUGCUCAGGAAAAGAGCCUGCUAUGAGAAUAUAACAUAAAAUGACCAGGGUCUUCCCGUUAACCUUAAACACACCACAGCAUGAAUUGCCAAAGUCAUUGUGAAAGGGCAGCAUUUUUCUGAUAUUUGGUCAUUUUCCUUAAGGUUGCUGGAGUGAUGUGUGUUAAGAUUGAAAGGUGCCUGGGCCUGAGUAAGACUUCUCUGGUCACAGUUUUUCUUUGGCUCAUGUGUGACACAUUGAAGCCUGAGUUUCCCCAUCAGUAGAAUCAGUGAUUUGUUCUCCUUGAGUUGGGACUUCAACCAAAACUUCUUACCUACUGCACCUCUAAGUCAGCCUUUCACUAGAUCUUUGGUCCAUCCUUUGAGACCUUAUUCUGCACUCUAAUUGUCUACACCAGUGCCAGACAUGGAGAUACUCUGCCCUGGGGAGUGAGCAUGUGCUGGUGCAGAUUUUAAGUGAGGCACCACUUAGUUACACAGAUCUAGAAAGUAAAAAUCACUCUCACGGGGUGUGGUAGCACACAUCUUUAAUUCCAGCACUAGAGAGACAAAGAUGGGCAGAUCCCUGAGUUCCAGGCGCAAAUCCAGGAGAGCCAGAGCUACACUGAGAAACCCUGUCUCAAAAAAAAAAAAAAAAACAAAAAAAGAGGACGAGGAGAAGAAAACCACUCUCUCCAUGAGAAGUGUAUGUAUUCUUCUUGGGAGUACAUCCUUUUUAGCUUACCAAGACCUUUAGUCCAUCGAGGCUGGCCUUGAUGUUCCCAGGGGAAAAUGUAAUUGGUGUUUUGUGAACAAGAACUGUGUCAAGUCACCUCUCUGGAAAUUCAUCAGUUUAGAUACUUUUUAAUAAUGUCUCAGGCUCUCUCUUUUUAGACGUACUAAAUUCCCAGGUGGGCUCUGUGUAGGUCUCGAACUGCAGAAUCCGCUUCAGUGCCCCAUGUCCCUCAACCUGGUGCUAACGGUGAUUCGCCUCUUCUUGUCCUGCUGAGACUCAGUGUCAGUGUUUUGGGUCUUCGGAUGCAUCCUUUUGAGUGAGGGCUCUUUUGUAGCCUUUCUCGAAGCUCCUACCUGAAAUCGGAUGAGAGCACUGUGCUCAGUGCAUAAUUAUAUUAAAACGGGCAAUCCAGACCUAAGGGGGGAAAUGAUAAGGGGUGGUGCUGCCCACCUCAUCCGGGUGCAGUGAGCACUGAAGCUGGCCAGCCCUUCCUGCUGGCUGAGAGUGACGUGACAGAUUGUAAAUAGUCUUAACAAUCGUUUCCUCCACUGCAGGAAGCUCGUGCCAUAGAUUUUUAACCUCAUGGCCGUGGAGCUCAUUGUGAUGCUUCACUGCAUUUGGCUUCUGAUUGUGGGAGAUCUGCUUGAGCUCGAAGGUCCUGAGGGAAAUGUAAAGUGUCAAACAAACAGAGGACAGCAGGAGAUUCAAACUGUAACCAGUGAGCUCAGUGCCUGCCUUUGUCGGGCUCAUCACCUCCACUCUAGACAAUGUGAACGAAUCAGUGUGCACUUUUAUCAAGUGGCAUAUGGAUAAUAUGGUAAUACUGCCUUUUCUGUCUCUCAGGCUGUUUCCAUGGAAACUUCCAGGGCCAAACAAAAGCUUCCAAUCAUUCAACCAAAAGCUUGCCUUGGCUCAGAGAUGUGAGUUUCUUUAAGGAAAGCUGUUUUCCUAUAUUUGGCUGUAGAAUAAGGGCUCUUACACAUAUCCUAAGUUACAGAACAUGAUUUCCCUUCCUACUGUUCUCUGGACAUGGUAAAUUUUUAAAAAUCUCUUCUGUGGGGGUCAGUCUCCUGAAUUUCCCUCAUAUCUGCAGUCCUUCGCCUGAUAAAGCAAGGUUGGGGUCACUUCUUACAAUGAAGCCUUUUGCCUUAAAUACUGGUUUUACCCCCACGUUUCCUAGAAGGGACAUUGUCUUGAACUUCAAGGUAGACAUAUUGAAUGACCAGAGUUUUAGAAAAUGAUACUUUGCAAAAAAUGGAAAAUAUCAAAACAGUUGGGUAAGCUUAUAGAAUUUAUAUAGGCCACUCCACCGUAGCCUAGGUCAGUCAUCACAGAAAAUAAAACAGACACUCGACGUGGUGGAACACAGCUGUAAUCCCAGCACCUGGGAGGCAGAGGCAGAAGGAUUGCAAGUGCUAAGCCAGUCUGAGAUAUCUAACAAGAUCCUGUCUCAAAAAGCUAACCAAUAGGCACCUAUUUGAGGGUAGGGGUCAGUUUUCCUGCAUGCGCUAAGCCUGGACUUGAUCCAGUGGUAUCCUAACCAGUGGCCAAUGCAUCUGCCCUGCUCUGAGCCUUCCAAGUUCUGUUAAAAUAGGGAAGGGUCAAACUCAGGAGGAGUGGCAGACCUGUAAACACUACUUUUCAAAGUGAAGAGGACAGCUGUUGAUAUUUUCUAUGUCUAAUCAAACCAAACGGAUUUAACAAUCUCAUCUGUUUAUAAACCUUUUUAACUUUAGGAACUUAAAACCACAGUCUGAAAGUCUGUUACCAGCUGGUGUCAAUAUCUUUCUGUCUGGCUGAAUUUUAUAGAUUAGUUUUGUUUUGUUUUAAAUACCUUUAAGCAGCAAAAUGUGUCUAAAAUAGGUCUGUUGCCAUAUUGUGAAUUCUGUAUCAUCAUUUAAUGAACUUCAAUGUCCUUACAGAAUUAAAUAGUGGCUUCAUAAAAUAGAUCUACCAAAAGCUGCCAUUUCAGCAUCUUCAUAUACUCCUUCCACACAUGCACUCUUAAGUUGAUGCCCUGUUGUGUUUAGAACAGUUUGGUAACCCCAGUCCUCAAAGCCAUGUCUGAUAUGGCUUAAAUGUUUUUUUUAAAAAGCAGGACUUGCCUUACUAUCCAACCUGGCUUCAAACAUGUUAUCCUCCAGUCUCAGACUCCUGGAUACUAGAAUCAUGCAUGCACUACACUGCCAUGCUAGCCUUCAUCUGCCUUUGUUUCAGUAUGUAGCCUAGGCUAGCCUUGAACUUAGAGCAAUCCUCUUGCUUCUGCCUCACAAAUGCUAAGGAUACAAGUGUAUGUCACUAUGCCUGCCUUUUAGGCUUACUUCUUGAGUCAAGCCCAGUGAGCUUGUCUGUUUCCUGUCCACUACACAUUGAUAUAAACAUGGUAAGAACUGCUGACUCUGGGACAAUUGUGAGAAAGCCCCCACUGCUACUUUGCCUCUCUUCCAUAUGCUAAAGGUCAGAUCCCCAUCUGCGAGCCACUUCCUCUUCAGUUCCCCAACCUCAGGAGCCCGUGGGCCAAUGCUUUCAACCUCCUAUAUGUAGUUUCACCCUACAGCAGCCUAAGCUGGAUUCCUGACUGACCCAGGAGGCUGCAUGCAUGCUGUCUAGAGCCUCGCUCAGCACAGUGCCGGCCUCAUCCCCACACCAGCCAUCGUCACUCUAAUGUAUCCUCCUUCCAGAACCACAGUCUUCUCAUCUAGGCAAGAAUGUGACAACACUCAGCCUCGUGAAAAUCUCUGGGUGCUUAUGGCCCUGUCACACAAAAGGGAAUGAGUGUUGUUUGAUAGUACUUGUAUCUCAACAAUUAUUUUUAAUAAAACUUGCAUUUAAAAAUUCA